CUGGGAUAAUUCUCAAUUUAUUUAUUUUCAGCAAGUUAGUUUUUGAGUAUAUACUGAGUAUUCUUGUAUAUGAUAGAGAUACAGUUUUUGUCUCUGAUAGGUUACACUUUGGGGAGCCAAAAACAAACUUACAGUAUUAGUGGCAAAGCAAGUAAGAUUUUCGUUAUUACUAAGGAAACACAGAGGGAGAAGUGAUACAGCAUGAUUAGGAACUUGUGGGAAGGAAUCAAUGAGUAUGUGAUAUUUAAUUUGGGAAUUGAAAGAAGGGUACAAUAUAAAAAAAAAUACAAGAACAACAAUAACCACAAAUACAAAGCAUGGAAUAUUUCCAGAUUCUGGAGCAUCUUCGUUAAUCUAGUGCUGCUCUAACAGAAAUACCGCAAGUGGAUGGCUUUAAUAAGACAAAUUUAUUCUCUCACAGUCUAGUAGGUUACAAGUACAAAUUCAGGGUGUCAGCUCCAAGAAAACCUUUCUCUCUGUUGGCUCCUUCGCCUGUUCGAGGAUCUUCUCAGGCACAGGGACCCCCAGGUCCAAAGGACGUCCUCUGCUCCUGGUGCUGCUUUUUUGGUGGUAUGAGGUCCCCGACGCUCUGCUUGCUUCCCUUUCCUUUUAUCUUUUGAGAGAUAAAAGGUGGUACAGGCCAUGCCCCAUGGAAACUCCCUUUACCUUGGAUCAGGGAGGUGACCUAAGGGUGGUGUUACAAUCACACCCUAAUCUGCUCAACAUAAAAUUACAAUCACAAAAUGGAAGACAACCACACGAUACUCGGAAUCACUACCUAACCAAGUUGAUACACACAUUUUUGGGGGGACAUAAUUCAAUCUAUGACAAGGUGGUAAUAUGAAAAAUAACAUAGUUGUUCAAAAUAGUUCAAUGCUCAUUAUAUACUUCUCCAUAUGCGCAUCAAUGCUAAUGUGCACGUGGAGAAGUAUAUAAUGGCAGCUGUGAGUGGAAAUGUAGUUUGGGGAAAAAUAGGAAGGACCUGGAUUAUAGUGUUUUUACUUUGUUUUAUAGAUAAUCGAGAGUCAUUUCAUUUUACUAAUAGAAUCAGACUUUUCCUAUAGAAAAAGAACUCUGCUGCUAUUGUGAGGAUGGCUUAGAGUAGGAAGAGAUGGAAUCCAGGGAGUCUGCUUAUAAGGCUCUUCUAAUAGUGCAGGUAACAGCUAAUUUCCUAUAAAAAGGAGGGAAUGAAUCCUAGAAGUAUUGUAUCAUGAAACUAGGUUGGAUGAGAAGGAUGGAAGAAAUAGUGGGUUUAAAAAUCUCUCUAAAAUUUGCAUCUUAGAUGACUAAGAGGAUUUUGAAACUUUUCAUUGAGAUACAUAAUCCUAGUGAAGCAAUAGAUUUGGGCAGGUGGUGAGGGAGGGUAAGAAUGCUUCAAUGAAAUACCUAGAAUAGGCAAAUAUAUAGAAAUUAGAGUUUAACAAGGUUAUCAGGGGCGGGAAGGAUGAGGAAAGGAAGGAAUCAUUGUUUAGGUAGUAUUAAGUAUUUUAUUUGUGGGGAUGGAGAAUUUGACAAUGGAUAUUGGUGAUGUUUGCACAACAAUAUUGACAUAAUGGUUUUUAUUGAAUUGUACAUGUGGAAAAUGUCAAAUUGGUUAAGUGCUGUGUUCUUACACAUUUUUACACACACAUACACAUAUAUACACACACAUACAACCUAGUGCUAGCAAUAGGAACUGUGCCAUAAACCCUAGCGAAAAUAUCUGAGCCUCCAUACUCAGGAAUUCAGAGACAGCUCCUAGGAAUGAUAGCCUCUUGAGUCUCCAAGUUAGGUAUAUCAAGUGGAGGAAGCGCGUCUGAAUAGGCAACCAGUGAAUGCUGAAGCAAAACUGAACUAGUCUAGCCAUGUGUUUCUGUAUGGAGAAACCAGACCUUCUAUCCUGUAAGAGUUUAUAGAAGAGUCAUAAAGGUAGUUCUAAGGCAGUAGCAGUAUUUCUAAACCUAAUUAAUUUUAACAAAUGACUGAAUGGAGAUGAGUUAUAUGAUUAGUCUUGAAAGAGAGCUAUAUUAUUUAAAGGCAAGACACAUAAAUGGAUGUUUCCUUAGAUGGGGAAUAUAUUAAAAGGAUGUGGGGGUAGGUCUUCAGACAUGAAUGCUAUAGCUUACUGAAUAUAUCUAUCAGUAAUCUGGAUAAAAGAAUAACUGCUUAAAAUCACAAUUAAUGUACAUAAAAACUCUUUUGGGGAUUCCUUUACCAAAAAAAAAAAAAAAAUGAGUGGAGACUACGUAAUGCUGCAUGGGGCAAACAAGGAUAGGAUCUAUGUGAGCAACUGUUUAUACACUGCAUGGGAACACUUGUUCCCAAAUCCACUGGUAAUAUCACUGGCUGAAAAACAGCACUUUGGGUGCAUAUCAGUUGAGAAUAAUUUCUGGUAAGUUUAUGAUUCUUUUUUUCUCUCCCAUGCCUGUUGUUUCUCAUUUGUACCAGAUUGGCACUAGUUUUUUUUUGUUUUAUUCUUAAUAAAGGGUAAUUUUCCCUUAGUUUUCUGUUUCAAAGAUCUCUGAACCUGAUCAUUUUGGCUUUAUUCCACAGGAUCAACUCUCUAUGGCCAACUCCUCCCUUGUCACUGAGUUCCUGUUGAUGGGUUUCUCCAGUCUUGGGGAACUGCAGUUUGUCCUUUUUGUGGUCUUUUCCUCUCUCUAUUUGAUCAUUCUCAGUGGAAACUUUACCAUCAUCUCAGUCAUCCUCCUGGAUCGAAGCCUCCAUACACCCAUGUAUUUUUUUCUGUGUGUUCUCUCAAUCUCUGAGACCUUAUACACAAUUGUUAUCCUGCCCAAGAUGCUCAUCAACUUGCUCUCUGUACUCAGGACACUCUCCUUCAUGAGUUGUGCUACCCAGAUGUUCUUCUUCCUUGGUUUUGCUGUCACCAAUUGCCUUCUUCUGGGAGUGAUGGGUUAUGAUCGCUAUGCUGCCAUCUGCCAGCCUUUGCAGUACCCCAUUCUCAUGAGCUGGAGGGUAUGUGGACAGCUGGCAGUAAUUACUAUUAUUUGUGGCUUCCUGACAUCUCUGGUAGGUACAGUUGUGGUGUUUAGCCUCCCUUUCUGUGGGCCCAACAAGGUCGACCACUACUUUUGUGAUAUUUCUCCUGUCAUUCGUCUUGCCUGUGCUGAUGCCCACAUUAAUGAACUAGUCAUCUUCAUUGCUGGAGUCUUUGUACUUCUUGUGCCCUUGCUCUUCAUCUGCAUCUCUUAUGGCUUCAUUGUCCACACCAUCCUGAGGAUCCCAUCUGCUGAAGGCAAGCGAAAAGCCUUCUCCACCUGUGCCUCCCAUCUCACUGUGGUUAUUGUCCACUAUGGCUGUGCUUCCUCUGUCUACCUGCGGCCCUCAAUCAAACACAUGUCAGGCAAAGAUAGGCUGGUGACAGUGACCUAUACCAUCAUCACCCCACUGUUGAACCCCAUGAUAUACAGCCUCAGGAACAAAGAUGUCCAGAUGGCUAUUAGGAAAGUGUUUGGGAAGAUUGGGUUUUCUUCUAAGACUUUAUAAUUAGAACACUUUUCAAUAUUACUCAUACAUAUGGGUCAAUAAAAAUAUGGAUCCAUAAUUGUUUUAAUUAUGGGAAUAUCUAUUUUAUUUAUCUCUGUAACUGUGUAGUUUUUGAUGAGUUGUUUGGUACUCUAGGGACUUACUCUUCUCCUAUGUAAAGAGAGGAUAUUAAUAGGCUCUUCUCUGGGUUGUU